UGUCGCCUCCUACCGGCAUAACGAUGUAACUGCGUAAAGCGUAACUGAAUGAGUCUUUUAGUGAACUGAUCCAAAAGAGUCACUGAGAGGAAUCAAAAUCCCCACCACCCGCGCUCAUAGAGUGAGGGGAGGGGCAGGAAUGCAGUCCAUACCGAUGUGAUGGUGCUGCUCUAAAUGCCAGUCUCUGCCAGUGUCACUGCAACUCCACGAAGCAGAAAUUACUGGAGUGUUGCACCGCGCAAAACAUUUCCGUAGCGUAGCUGAUGGAAACGGAGCCCGUUAGACAUGUGCGCGAACGUUUUCGGCGCGUUGAAAAGCCUGUUUGGGAAACCCUUUGAUGGUGGGAAGAGGACAAUGGAUCAUGGCAGUCAGCAGCCACAGACUCAGCAGAUGCCAGGACCCUUCCCAGGUUAUUCCGGACCCCGGGGCCCGUACCCUGGGCAGCACCCAGCCCUGUUACGGCUGGAUGAGUUGCAGAGGGAGGUCGCCAACCUGGGCCCACAGGUGUGCUCUUACAGUGGCCUGCAGAGCGACAGAGAGUACAAACGACUGGAGCGAGAGCUGACCCGAUUACUGCUAGAGGUGGAUAAGGUGGAGACGGAGGGCCGGCCGGAGCUUCAGCAGGCCCGGAAGCGUGCGGCGGGAGAGUUCGAGGGUCUGCUUCGAUACCUGGAGGGUAAUGCUACGCAUCCAUCUCGACUGGCCAUUGAGGAGCUGACCCAGGAGGCGCAGAACAUGCUGAACGAAGGGGUUGUGGGGCCGUUCCGGCAGGGCCAGGCUCAAGAUGCCUUUGAGAUUAGUGAGGAGCUUGUGGAGGCUGUGCAGGACGUGGCCAUGCGGCUGGCUCAGGUCAAGACGGGUGGGAGCGUACCGCUGAGGAAGGCCCGUUACAAGGCGCUGACAAGGGUCUGUGCCGUACAGGAAAUACUGGAGGGUCGCAUACGCACUCAUACGCUGGCGCUGCCGCUGUCCGACGACACGCACGAGGCCGUGCAGCGCAUUAAUCAAGUUAUGGCGCAGGUGAGUGGUGCCCGCUGCCAGGAAGUGGCUCUGCUGAUGGGUCUGAGUGGGCGUGAUAGCUGUACCCACCUAGCAAGGAUCCUCACAGAGCUGUUGGUAGAACUGGACGCCCUGGAUGUGUCUAGUAACGCUGCUGUGAGGAACUACAGAAAACAAGUGGUGGAGGAGAUCAAUGGUCUGCUAAAACAUCUUGACCUGGAGGGAGAAGGAUACGACACGCGCAGGUAUGAUCUAGCGCAGAAUGACUCUAUUCGUGAAAUUGAGGCGAUUAGGGGCCGUGUCUCAGUGCUGCGGGAGGAGGUGCUCCGUCAUGGUGCCACAGGACAGGGGGCGGAGCUGCAAGGUCUCCUCACGCACCUGGAUCAGGUGGACACGGGCCGAAAUCCCUGCAUUCGGGAGGCACGGCGCAGGGCUGUGCUGGAAGUUCAAGCACUCGUCACCUUCCUAGACCUCUGGGAAGCCCUGGGACGUCGUAACCCUGGAGCAGAGGAGCCUCCUCCUCAUGCGGCCGUGUGGCGUGUCUUAGCCAGCCUGGGCCAACUCCAGGCUCAGGUGUUGGGCUUUGACGGCAAGAGGGCUGACAAGAGCUACAUGGUAUUGGAAGAGCUACUGACCAAACAACUUCUGGCUCUUGAUGCUGUGGACCCUCAAGGGGACGAGGGGACCAAAACUGCCCGUAAGCAAGCUGUUAAACAUGCCCAGAAUAUCCUUAGUUACUUGGAUAUGAAGACAGAUGAGUGGGAGUACUGAGAGGCCGAUAAAAGAGACUGCAGUAUUGCCGAGAUUUCCCUGAAUAAGGAGCCGCGAGAAAAAGGCAAAAGCUUUUUUGCCUCGUGUGCGACAUCAGGACAAGACACGCCCGUGCCGAGGAUACAGGCCAUGGGCGGAAUUUUUAAUUUGUAUAUAAAAUACUUUGUGUUUCGCCGUGGGCAGCGAGACUGUUACCCAUGAUGCACUGCACCUGCUGCUUUUGUUGGUCCAUUACUGGUCCCUGAAAACAGCCUUUUUUCUGGCAGAAGGAAACUCGAUUUCUACUGCCAUGAAGCAUUUUUUUUUUUUCAUGACAAUAAUCCAUGAUCUUUUUAGUUGAAUCUGUGCUGUUGAUUGGUGUGGUGUGGUGCUAAACCCUGUUCUGCUGCCAAAAUCUGCUUCCCGCUUUACCACAUGCCUGUGUGGAACAAAUUUCAGUCUUUAUCACGGUGUGAACACAUCAGCUCUUCAUUCCUAUCCAGUUAGAGCCGUACAGGAGCACAUGAUCCCCUGCUACGACCACACCAGGUUGUGCAGUGGGCCAUUUCCUGUAAAUCACACAUACCGUAAUGUAAAGGCAGUCCAAGCUUAGCAUUCAUAGGUUUGAUCUCUUCUCUAAAUUGCACUUUCAGAGCCUAAGCUCCUCUCGCUACAAUUAUUAGCUGCAUAUAUAAACAAGAGCUGACUCUAUAUGUGGGAACAAUUGUUUUUACAUUUUGUUGCAUCUUUUACAUGCAUAUAUCCCACUGAGAAAAUUGUAUCUUAAAAUAGAUGGUAAACAGUGGUUUGUGUUUAGUUUAAAGAUUGAAGUGUGUAAUUUUAUUUUAACAUAAAAUUACACACUUCACCUUUAAAGAAGACUUUUUGACAUCAAAGAAGAAUGUGAGAGAAACGGCAAAAAAAGAAAAAGAUGUCUAACCCUUCCUGCAGUUUUGCCAUAUUUCAGUAGUCGGAGGCCAAAAUUGCAACGAGGUAUUGUCCUUGGAGACGUUUCUUUUUAGUAUUGAUAUGGAGGAUAAAAAUAGAAACUAGUUCACAA